CAGGUUUAGAUUCCGACGUCCUCUACGUCAGCGUCAGAUCUCCGACAGCAUAGCGAGCCCCAGCCUGUCCCAGUUCUCUGUCGCAGUCAGCUUAAGCAAUUGUCUGUGUGGUGAGGAUCUGGCUCUGUCGAGAGAACACACAAAAGGUCUGUAUGUGAGAGGCACAAGGAGUGAAAGGCGGUCGUCAAACAAGCAAGGGCCCUUGUUCAUCUCCUGUCGGUUUCCGUUAGGUCGUCAAGGGGCGCUCCUCCUCCACUGCAUCUGACGGGCUCCACCACAUCAUGACCACACUGCAAGCAGCAGGUGAUGAGCACUGGCCGCAGCACUCGGGCGGUGCGGGGCCUCUGAUGGACGUUGACCAAGUACAGCAAGACCAGGGCGCCGUCAUCGGACCGUUCGAGGGGCACACUGUGGGUCAACAGAGGCGUGGACCAUGCGCGCCGCUUCCGGACCGUCACGAAGGACCAGCCUCUCGUGGCCGUCCCCCUCUCUCUCGAGGUGGCAGAUGAGCUCUCCUUCACGUGUGAGGGUGACGGCAAUGUGGCCAUCGAGGUGGUCUGGCGCUCUCAGAGGUAACGGACAGCACAAUGUGUUUGCCACCUCUAAACGCACUGCUUUUGCCUCUUUGUGUCCAUCAGCACUGGUGGUGGGGCGGCGCCCGUCAAGCUCCUCCACAUCGCUGCACCUGCUCCUGCCCAUGCAGCGACGGACGACGAGCACCAGGAGGGCGGCGGGGGUGAAAUGAUAGACAUCGACGCAGUGCACCAGGACGGCACUGAGGCUGACGGUCAGCAAGUGCUGAACCAACGACACACGAAAGACGCGGCGAAACAAAUCUGACGAUGUUUGUAUAUGUCCAGGCCCAGGCAAGCAGGAGGGCGAUGGGAUGACCGUCGAGGGAGAGGGUCCGCAGGCACCAGCUGAGAGCGAAUCUGUGAGGCACUCAUUCAUUCAUCAGUACACCGCCGGUCGAUGUAUGCGAUAUAUGCGACUCACUCGUCGCCCUCUCGUUCCUUCCCAUCUCGGUUUUGUGUGUGUGGGUGGCACGCAGGACAGCGAGGAGGAGGAGGAGGAGGACGAAGAGGAGGAGGAGGAGGAGGACGAGGAAGACGACCGCUAUAAGGAGGACGACGACACCCUCGACGACGACAGCGAUAUCGAUAUCGACGACGAAAGCGAUAUAGACGACGGCCAUGAGGAGGAAGGUACGCCAGAUAGACGGCAGAGAAGGCGAUGCUCACACACGUUCGCUCACUGUGUGCCUCGUGUGGUGGGUGGCUAUGUGGUGUUGUGCUGCAGGCGUAGCGAUCGACCAUGUCGCGGCCACCUCACUCGCUGUGCCGGACGGCUGCGUGGGAGCGGACGAGAUCGAGGCCGUGUUCCCCCGCGGCACCAGCAAGGCCACCAAGGACCUGGCAGUGGGCGUCAUCAAUCGCACCAUCACCAAACAGCGAGUGACCCACCUCCUCGGGCAGGGGGCCAACCCCAACGUCAAGCCUCGACUGAGAAGCCGUCUGCCCGACGGCGACGACUUCAGGAACACGUCGGGUUUGUGGAGGAACUACUCCCUCCUCGUCCUCGCCAUCCAGAACAAGUCCGACUACACCGUCCCAAUCAUCCGCGAGUACUACGUGAGCGGCCGUAUCAUCGUCCUGCCCCAGUGGCCCUCUGGUGAGCAGCAGUCGGCCGUCAUGGAGGCACUCAUCGAGGCAGGGGCCGACCCCAACGCGGCAUCAAUCAGUUGGGUCGUGGACAGACCCAUGUGUGUGGCGGUCUCGUCCGGUGACGAGACGGCAUUCAACGUGCUCAUGGCGCGUCACGUCCGUCUGCGCCACUCGUUCGACCUGGACCACGGGCAUCCGGUGCUGGAGCUCCGCGAUGCCCGUGGUCGGCCCCCCGACGAGUACCUGCAGGUGCUGCUGUCCAUGUACCAGCGCCUCGUCGAGCUCGAUCCCACCCUCGCCACCGAACGAGACGAGGAUGCCAGUGGCGACAACCUGGUGCACAUAGCGCGGGGGGGGCGCUACCCCGAAUGGUUCAUCGACGCCUACCUCAACCUCAUCACAGAGCACGGCGCCGACAUCGCGGCAGAGAACAACAACAGAUGGACGCCACUGCACAAAGCGGCAGAUGUGGGCUCUCCCCACGUGGCCCAGUUCCUCUGCCGCAAGCUGCCCACUGCGGACAUCAACAACAGACAGAACAGCAUUCACCAGACGCCCCUCGCCAGAGCUGCCGGCGACCUCAGUCACCUCACCCAGCAGCUUCAGGACCCCAACACGUCCGAGGCCGACAAGGUGGAGUGUCGUGCCGAGCUUGACAACCUCAAGCUGACCAUCCGGACGCUGCUGCGGGCGGGCGGCGACAUCAGCAGCAUCCCCACAGACACACAGGAGGGCCACCGUCAGCGCCAGCUGGUGGUGGACGAGUACGCCACGGUGCUCAACAAGGUGGGCGCUAUCGUCACGGAUGCCGUCAAUGAUGCCCUCGCCCCCCACCGCUCUCUCGCGGCCGUCCUCACCCACCUGCUGCCCCUCGCCCCCCACCAUGACGGCGCCAAACCCCACCCCACUCCAUCCAUCCUCUCAUUCGGCCCACACGAGUCCACCAUCUUCGGCUGGGACAUCGCAUCAUACCCCUUCGAUGUGGAUACAGCGGCAUCGGCCACCACUGAGGCCAUCGGCAUGCGACACACCGACCUGGCCCGGCGUGUGUGUGCGGCAGCGAAGCACUUCUUUCUCUCGGCGGUGAAGGCCAGCAGCAACAGGGAGGUGGUCGGCGGGACGAGGCAUGAGCAGCGAGGCAACAAGCGCGGCAAGGUGCCUGUGCCACCGCUGCAGUGUUUUGUGGUGGGCGGUGUGGGUGGCCGCAAGAUGGAGUUGCGUGAGGUGGUGCAGCGGGCCAUCCUGGACGAGGCGGCCAAGUGGGAGGUGGGGGAGAUCGACAACGGCUUCAGCACGGAUGUGCCGGCCAUCGAGUGGGGGGCGGUGGGGUGGGUCGACAAGGGGCGGGACGGGAGGCAGACAUUCAGAUCGCUGCAGCUCACAUGAGCGAGGCAAUGAAACAGGUAGUUUUGCGUCAAGAGAGCUGGGUGCUCUCUGGUCAGCUGCUCGUCUCUGUCUUUUUGGCCUCCGUUUUCAAGCUGAGACGAUUGCUGUCGGGUGGUGUCCUGUCUGUCUUGUUGUGCACACUCACUCUUUGCUGGUGUUGCUGCUGUGCCGUGUUGGUGGUGGGGGUGGCGGUGGUGAUGGUGUGCUGCAGCCGCCGAAGUAUUUCCCGAAGGGCACAGCAGCGUCGUGUGUGUGUGUGUGCUCUAUGUGAGGGUGCGGGGUGCGGCUGACUGCUGCGUACCGCUGCGUGAAAUGCUGACGGAUGGU